CAAUGGGAUUUUGAUAGCUGUGAGCAGUGUGAGCUGUGAGCUGUCGCUUCUCGCUUCUAUUAUAGUAUUAUGUUCUAUGGUUAGUACCGAAGUUGCAAGGUCUCUGUUUAUAACUUAAAUAUCUGUUCGAAAUGUCUCAAGAAAAAGUAAUUGAGAAACCUCUGCAACAGUUCGUUGUUCAAGCCCUAAAAUUGGAAGGAGAGAGUUUAGUGGAAGUUAUUAAACAAGCGUUGGAUUGUGUUGACACAUUUGUAUUUGCGGAACUCUUAGAAUGCCCUAACGUUAUUGCAUUAGAAACCACAUCUCAUGCUCCAUAUUUACAUGCGUUACGUAUUUUUUCGCAAGGUACGUAUUUGGAUUAUUUGGAAAAAAAAGAAUAUCUUCCAGAACUCAGUGAACCCCAGAURAAAAAACUACAAUAUUUAACAAUUGUUACAUUGGCCAAUAAAAUGAAAAGAAUACCUUAUGAUGUUCUCUUGAAAGAGUUGGAUGUUGAUAAUGUCAGGGACUUAGAGGACUUAAUCAUUGAAGCGAUCUAUUCCAAUGUGGUUUCUGGCGARCUCGACCAACGGAGUGAUUAUCUAGAAGUUGAUUGGACAGUUGGUAGGGACGUUGGAAUUAACGAUACUGACAACAUGAUAGACAUAUUACAACAGUGGUGUGAUUCCUGUGAGAGUGUUCUUUCUACAGUUCAAGCUCGAAUUGUUGAUGCUAAUCGAACUAAACAAGAUGUACUGAAACACCGCGCUGCUGUCGACAAUGAAGUUGCUAGUGUGAAAAAAGCAAUAAGAACUCAAAUACAAGAUGAAGAAAUGUCAGUGGAUACUAGUGGUCCUACAAAAAAAAGUGUUAAAGGAACAAAACCUAGUGGUGCUAAAUUUUGGAACAAGUAAAGAACUGUACAAUACCUUAUAAUAAUUCACAUAUUACAUUAAUUUAUAAUCAUUAUAAUUAUGAUUUUUUUUUGUAUAAAAUGGUUUUAAUAUGUAGAAAUGAGCAGAUAUAAGCCAUAACUAUAUAAUUAUUUUUCCUAAUAAUCUUUUUAAUUUAAUUUUGUGUUAGAUUUUGGUACUGGAUAUACAAAACUUACUUUUUGAUGUAUGAUGUAUCCACCAACCUAUCAUAAUCUUUAUAUUAAUAAAGAUUUUUUUUUUUUUGUAAAUAUUGCUUAUAAUUAUUUACAAUAUAAACUAACUUUCUAUCAGCAAGUAUGAUGAGUGAUAUAUUAUUUAAAUUAUUAACAAAUUCUUAAAUACUCGCUUAAAUAAAAAGCCACUAUGCAGCACCACAUGACUAGAUAAUUAUUAUUUAAUUACCUAAGAUAUUUAGGCUAAAUUAUCUUGGUUCCUCUGCAGAUGAUUCCUGGGAGUUAGAAGAAGGAUAAUUAUUUAACUGUUAUGAGUUUAAUUUAUUAUGGUUUGAGGAGUAUUGUGCCUUAGACAUUUAAUCAUUGAAGUAAUUAGUUUUUAAGUAUAAAGAUGUUUAAUAGUUAUUCACCACCGUGAUAACUUAACUAUAUGUGAUAAACUGAAAUGUUUGGAAGGUUUUGCCACAUUUCAAAGCUGAAUCCUGGUAAAACAGAUUAGAUUAUUAAUUAAAUCGAUUUAUUUAUUGUUAGUUAAUUUGAUAUGGAAAGUUGUAAAUUUAAUAAUGUUCUGAGAGGUAUAGUUUAUGUUUUUCACUUGAGUUAGACGUGGGCCUGAGGUUAAUUCAAGAUAAUUUGCUUGAUUUGCUGUUAUUAGUAUUUAAUUAUAGAUUCUAGAUUUCAUACAUUAAGGUUAGAUUAGUAUGGAUUUUAAAUUUUACUUAUUUAUUUUAAUUUUUCAACAGUAUGCRUAUAAAUAUAUCAUGUCAAAGUAAUUUUUUAACUUUUUUCCAGGUAUGAUAUUAUCUUGUAAGAUGCAGGUAUGCAUUUAUUAGAAUAUUAUCGUAUGGUCGUUUGGAUGAGUAAAAUAUUUUUGAGGUAUUAUAAUUGAACACGAAAUAAAGAAAAGAUGCAAUAUCACUUCUUUACUUAAUUUUGUAACAAUUUUAAUAAUUUUACUAUUCAUCAAUACCACUAACCACAUAUAUUAUUGUAUUUUUAA